GGUACCCUUUCGUUGCCUUCGAACUUUAGGGUUCUCUCCCUUGUCUUUUCUUACCCUUCUAUGCAUUUGAGUUCUUUAUCUCCCAAAAAUUUUAGUUCCGAGUUUGGGGAAUUUUUUUCGGAACCAGCCCUAACGUCACUCCUAUGCUCUUCGACCAAACCAGCAUUUGUUCAAGUUGGCCCUUUGAAUCUCUCCAACAGCCGACGGGUGCGAACUUGAAGUUAGGCUUUUGGUUUUUGGAGGUUAGUUUGAUAUAUUUGGGAGCGAGCUUGAAGUUGCACUGAGCUUUUUGGAGAGGAAAACAUGAAUUACACCCCUCGCAACCUGAUUUAAAUGUUGAAACUAGAGAAAAGAUAAUUUGAUGUCCGAUUUCACAUGUGGAAAGAACCAGAAUGCUACAAGACAAAAGCUAAGUCAUGCUCUGUACAUGGUAUUGUAUUUGCGCCGGUGGAUUUCCUCUUCACUGAUUCAAUGCCUCGUAUGGUGUUUACAACGUUUCAGGUUUCCUAUCAUCCACUGCUUUGCAUUUUUAUUGUCCCAUCCAUUUCUAAACAUUGGUGCUUGCUUGCUACAUCUUUUCCAUUUGGAGUGCUAUUUGCAGCGCCUAAGGUUUCGCCGGAGAUGUUUGGGUGUGGCCGACUGCCAAAGCCUUUUUCCCUCUCUCUCAUCACCGCUGUCAAUCCAACGUUCAGAAUCGCCGACAACAUUCCGGCAUCGCGGCGAUCUCUGCAAUUCCGACCUUGCAACUUUGUCGUUUAUCGUACCUCAACACCGCUCCAAGUGUUCGACCAAAUGCCGCCAUAGAACCCCCUCUUCUGUCGAAUCUAAGUUGUGAAUUUUUAUCUGAGUUUUGUGAAUUUUUAUUUGAGUUUUGUGAAUUUUGAUCUUGUAACAUGCAUCCUUAUAUUAUGCUUUGUUAGCGUGCACUCUGUUUAUUGGGUGUAUAA